AUGGCGGGAGCCCAUUGUGCCAGCUACGAUGGGCAGGGUGCCGCCACGACCCCGUCGGGCCGAGACGAGGAUGCGCAUUCCUCCUCCAACUACGCUCAGCGGGGUGACCACGUCGCUAGAGCCUCCUCCUCGUCGGUGAGUCGCGCGGGUCAGGGAUCGCUGAGUUCCAGGCGCUCUCGGCACACCUUCAGCCGCAGCUCGCAUAACCCGUACGUACUCCUCAGUAGCAGCGACGUCAAUCGCCCAGAACAGGAGGCAUCUGCUAUGGAGAACUCCUCGAGAGCCGUGCGACGGCGCCGCAGCAGCUACAGCUACAGUAACAACACGUCGCAGAAUGCGCUCAUGUUCGAGUUUAACUCCGCCUCCACCUCCACCUCCACUCCGACCCCUGUAGACUUCGGUUCGAGCAACCUCGCUGACAGCGGAACGAUUCGCCGGUACCCUAGCCAGCAACUGCAACAACAGCAGCCCGUGGAUUCGCCGUCGACACGGCUUUGGCGCGAUGGCAACCGAAUGACAUUGUCUACGACCGAUGCUCGUCCCAUCUCCACGACAGUGGGCACUCUGACCUGCAGCGACAAGGAGCAGAACUUCAACGUCAACGUGAAGCAGCGCGUGCGGCCCGGCACCAACUCCGCCAGCUGCUCCCUCAACACCUCGAGUACAAUCAUGCCGGUGGUCCAGUCCGUGUCACCUACGCCGAACAGCGCUUCCGCGAUGGCGCACAACGUCUCUAGCAUCCCUCAGGCAACCUUACCCGUGUCACUUGGUGCCACCUCCAACGCGUCCCGCUUCGCCACGAGCGGCGGCUCGGCCUCGGAGGACCACAGUUCGUGUGGGCCUUCAUCCCAGCAACUCGAUCACCGCUACGUUGAUGUGGCAGCGAGUACCCCCAGCACGGCGGAUGGCAUCGAGCUGACAGGUCAGCGGAGGAGCGAGCCUGAAGUGAGCCCCUACAUUCCGUGCCAUUACCCUCCAAAGACCCUGUACUAUCAGCACCCACAGCAGCAGCAACAACAGCAGCACGCGCAGCAGCAGCAGCCGUACGGCUACGGCGUACAGGCCCGACCUUACCCACUGCAGCAGCAGCACCAGCAGGCUUACGUUUAUGGUGGUUACCCGAGCCAUAACUACCCUGCUAUCUCUCCUCAGCCGGGCUACUACACACAAAUAACCGCGCCCCCAAAGCAGCAGCAGUACUACGCUCCGCCGGCGCCCAACAGCAACAUGGCCGUGCUCGGAAGCGCGGCUGACGGUGCUCCUAGCCCAACUUUCGCAGAAGUGGCGUAUGCAUCAAUGCCACAGCCUGCGCAGGCCCCUUACAUGGCCAGCGCGGGGACAAUAAUGGGCCCGUACAGUUAUCUGCCGACGCCUCCGAUGGCGCACUACGCUGGCGUGGCCCUCGGCAGUUUUGCGGACGUGCAGAGCACUGCACCACGGCAAAGUUCCGGGAAUGCUACGGCUCAAGUUCAAUACACCCAAGCGUUGGCGGUGGUCGCCGCCGGUCCCACCCCAGCCGCCGCUGCCUCUGCCCUCGGCAAGCCCACGAAGGCCAAAUCGCAGCACGCGGACCCCCCACAGCAACAUCAUCAGGGCGCUAAGAAGGUCGCCGCCCCAGCCUCUGUCUCAAGCUUGGCGUCGACUCUCGACACGGCCCCGAGGGCAGGCACGCAGUCCGCGUCGACCGUGACCCGCACGCCACCAGCGCCAAGACCGGUCAGCUCGUCCUCGAAGAAGCUCCCCAAGAAGCAAGACGAUGUGCGCUUCCACGUGAACCGUGACGCACCAGUUCGCUUGUUUGUGGUCGUGAAGCGCAAGAGAGAAGGUCAGCGGUACGCUUGCGCCCUCCCCCCUGAGGAGGUGCCGGUGGGCAGCCACAUGCUUGUGGAGGGAGACCGCGGUGCCGACAUUGGCGAAGUGAUCCGCCACGUGUCGAUUGAGCAAAUGGCACGCGACUGCGCCAUCGUGGAGCGGCUACGACAGCGGGCGGUGGAGCGAAUGCUCGGGGGCAAGGAAGGCAUCGUCGCUAACGCGCAUGACGACGCUGCCAAUGCCGAGCUCGACGAGACCGAUUUGCCGCAUCUGACGGGAGAGGCUGCUUUGGAGUACGUCAUGUCACUCAAGACGUGGCCGUGGUUGAUUGGGCCAACCACGGCGGAGGACAUGGCGAGUCUGGGGCCGCAGCUCGAAGCCGAGAAGCAAGCCUACGCCAUCGCUAAGCCGAUUGUGCAACAGUUCAUCGAGAACCGCUACCAGCAGCGCGCCGCGCGCAACGAGGCAGCACUGGCGGCCGCCGCUGCUACUGCUGAGGCAUCUAAGACGGCCGAUACCGCGGCUGCUGCGGCUGAGAAGGCGGGAGAGUGCAGCGCCGAUCACGCCUCCACAGACGACGGCGAUCGGCAUCGCAACCUGACACCUCUGUCCGUGGAAGAACUGGAGAUGCUCGAGCUGAGCCGUGAGGUCACGCUGCUCGACUGCGAGUAUCAAUUCACACGCGAGAAGAUCACAUUGUACGUCAGCCGCCCGUCUCGCAACAUUUUCGUAGACUUCCGCAGCAUGCAGCGCAAGCUCUUCCGCACCUUCCGCUGUCGAAUCUGGAUUGCCUACAUGGACGAGGUAACGCACGAUAAGGACGCACCGGAGUCGUUUGUUUUUGUGCCCUAUUCGUCCAUGCCCGCCGCUGCCACCGCGCCGACGCGCGGCGAUGCCAAGGGCACAAAGGAUGUGGUGUGA